GAGGAAGGACCAGUCGGGGUGAGGGGAGGAACCCCGGGAGCGGCCGAGGCCGAGGCGGCGGCGCCGCGCGGCGCGGCCCCUUUAAGGCUCUCCCCGCCCACCGACUGAGCCGGCCUCCGCCCGCCGCUCUCCCCGCCCUGGGGUCCCGGCGAGAGCUGCGAUUGGGCGGGCGCGGCAAUCCCUUUGAAGUGUGGCUGCCGAUCGCGGCUAUUUGACGUGCGGCUCGCGGAAGGCGAAGGUUUUUGUGUUGCUAGCCGGGGCCAGCGGCGGUGGCGGCGGCGGCGGCGGCGUCGGUGGAGGAGGGGAGGCGGCGAGGAGGCGCAGAGCCCGCUGCACCGCGAUCGACGCUGCGGAGCGAGCCCACCCGCCCCGGGAGCUCGCCUCCCCGGUGCUCCCCCGCCCUCCCCGCCCCCCCAGCGGCGCUGCCUCCUCCAAAUGAGCGAUUCGCCCGCUGGAUCUAACCCAAGGACACCCGAAAGCAGCGGCAGCGGCAGCGGCGGCGGCGGGAAGAGGCCGGCGGUGCCGGCAGCGGUGUCCCUCUUGCCACCGGCGGACCCCCUGCGCCAGGCGAACCGGCUCCCGAUCAGGGUCCUGAAGAUGCUGAGCGCUCACACCGGUCACCUCCUGCACCCGGAGUACCUGCAGCCGCUGUCCUCCACUCCCGUCAGCCCCAUUGAGCUGGAUGCCAAGAAGAGUCCCUUGGCGCUGCUGGCCCAGACCUGCUCGCAGAUCGGCAAGCCGGACCCGCCGCCGUCCUCCAAGCUCAACUCGGUGGCGGCAGCGGCCAACGGGCUGGGAGCGGAGAAGGACCCCGGCCGCUCAGCCCCGGGCGCCGCCUCUGCGGCCGCGGCCCUGAAGCAGCUGGGGGACUCCCCGGCCGAGGACAAGUCCAGCUUCAAGCCCUACUCGAAGGGCUCCGGCGGCGGCGACUCCCGCAAAGACAGCGGCUCCUCCUCGGUGUCUUCCACCUCCUCCUCGUCCUCCUCGUCCCCGGGAGACAAGGCGGGCUUCAGGGUCCCCAGCGCCGCCUGCCCACCCUUUCCCCCGCAUGGAGCGCCGGUCUCCGCGUCCUCGUCCUCGUCGUCGCCCGGUGGCUCCCGCGGCGGCUCCCCGCACCACUCUGACUGCAAGAACGGCGGCGGGGUUGGCGGCGGGGAGCUGGACAAGAAAGACCAAGAGCCCAAGCCCAGCCCGGAGCCGGCAGCCGUGAGCCGCGGCAGCGGUGGGGAGCCCGGGGCGCACGGUGGCGCUGAGACCGGGGCCUCCGGGCGCAAGUCCGAGCCGCCCUCGGCGCUGGUGGGGGCCGGCCACGUGGCGCCGGUGUCUCCCUACAAGCCGGGCCAUUCGGUGUUCCCGCUGCCGCCUUCCAGCAUUGGCUACCACGGCUCCAUUGUGGGUGCCUACGCCGGCUACCCGUCUCAGUUCGUGCCUGGCCUGGAUCCUAGCAAGUCCGGCCUCGUGGGAGGCCAGCUGUCAGGGGGCCUAGGCCUGCCGCCCGGCAAGCCCCCCAGCUCCAGCCCGCUCACCGGGGCCUCCCCGCCCUCCUUCCUGCAGGGAUUAUGCCGCGACCCCUAUUGCCUGGGAGGUUACCACGGCGCCUCGCACCUCGGGGGCUCCAGCUGCUCCACCUGCAGCGCGCACGACCCAGCCGGGCCCAGCCUGAAGGCGGGGGGCUACCCGCUGGUGUACCCCGGGCACCCGCUGCAGCCCGCCGCGCUCUCGUCCAGCGCCGCCCAGGCCGCGCUCCCCGGCCACCCUCUCUACACCUACGGCUUCAUGCUGCAGAACGAACCGCUGCCGCACAGCUGCAACUGGGUGGCGGCCAGCGGGCCGUGCGACAAGCGCUUCGCCACCUCGGAGGAGCUGCUUAGCCACCUACGGACCCACACGGCCCUGCCGGGAGCCGAGAAACUUCUGGCCGCCUACCCCGGGGCCUCGGGCCUGGGCAGCGCCGCCGCCGCCGCCGCGGCCGCCUCCUGCCAUCUGCACCUCCCCCCGCCCGCCGCCCCCGGCAGCCCCGGGUCGCUGUCCUUGCGGAGUCCACACACUUUGGGGCUAAGCCGGUACCACCCCUAUGGCAAGAGCCACUUAUCCACAGCGGGGGGCCUGGCCGUGCCGUCCCUCCCCACAGCCGGACCCUACUACUCGCCAUACGCGCUGUAUGGACAGAGACUAGCUUCAGCCUCGGCGCUGGGAUACCAGUAACUACAGCUCUUUCCUCCACCCCAGCCCCCUCACCCUCCUCCCUCUCCUUCCCCCCUCCCCACUUGCCGUCGCCGCUGCAACCUCCACUACUGCUUGACCCUGCCGGGAUUCCCCACCCAACCCUUCCCCACCGGACUGUGUAUUUAUUUACUAUAAUGUUAGCUUACAAGCUGGGAAUAUAAGUGCAUUAACGGCCCACAUGAGUCAGUGGUAUGCAAAAAGUCUGUGUUCCCCCAAAUAAUAAUAUUAAUCCCACAAAUAACGACAUGAUCCCCGCCCCUCUUCCUUUCUGUUAUUUUCUUUUUCUUAGAUGUAAGUUUUACAUUUUUUAUUCCUUUUCCUCUUUUUUUGGUUUUUGAUUGGUUUGGUUUUAGGGAGAGGAGGGAGAGUUGGGGUCUUUGGGUUCCUCUAGACGUUUUGUUUUCCCUUCCUGGGGAGUUUCUUGCAUGAGUCUUAAAACUACGUUUCCCCUUCUCUUUUUCCCUCUUCCCCCUUCAUUCCCUCUUGUUUCCUUCCAUUUGAGGUUCUGUUUUUGUUUUUUUGUUUUUUUGUUGUUGUUUUGUUUUGUUUCCUUUGUUGUACAAGUAACAGGAGAUUUUUUUGUAACUCAUUUAGGGGGUGGAGGGAGCCACCUGGGUGGCAGGGGCCCUGGAGCUCUAUUGACCUGGUACACUGCUCCGGGACUCCUCCCCGGCCACCCUCCACGCAUAGUGUCCUUGGUCUGGACCCUGUCCCCCAAACGUAGGGCCUUGCUCCCCUACCUUGCUCUGAGCACGGAGAGCCCUGACCCCACCAGCAGGCUCGCCCCCAGAAAGGCCCAAGUGGUCUCACAGAGCCUUGCCGUCUACCAUCACCUUCCAGACUCCCGCCCCUAACACCCAGUGGCCACAGUGCGCCUGUCGGGGCACCUGGAGCGCUCACCUGGUUGAAUUCAAAGUCCCAGAAGGCCCUGCUGGCGUGAAGCCGGCCCCUUACAUUUUGCGAAGUGCUUUAUAGUCCUUGUUUUUCUCUCCCUCGUGGGGGCAACGACCCCACCCCUGGCGGUAGGGGUGGGGUGGGUGACUCUCACUAGAUCCCUCCAAAGCAGACCGGUGGCGAUGUCAGCGGACAUCACGAGCUCGUUAGCUGCGUUCGGGGAAGCUUGGGGCGUCAGGGAGCGCUCGGAUCAUGGCAGCCCCCGCCCUCUCCUAGGCCUGGCCCGGCAGAGCACCCCAGAGUAGACCCCGCAGCGACUGGGGUCUUCUCCCCACUCCUCCCUCCUUCUGGUCUGAUGCGGCAGCGCGGGGGCUGCGGGGCCUGUUUGAGAUGAACAGAGCUCUCCCUUGGUAAGACUUAUUUUGUUAAUAAAUGGAAUACUUGGCUAUAUUCACA